UUGACUUCCAACGAACGUGAACCCCACAAAGGUUUCUUCUAAUUUCUCCUUUACAAAGCCUCUUCCCUUGUUAUAUCUCUAUCUCCUUCUGUUACAAAAAUGACCUAACAAUCCCAAUUUCUUCAACCACACUCUUCCAACUAAAAUCAUUUUAGCUAUGAAAGUGGAAGUUGGUCUAGUUUCCUUCAAAUCCAAGCUUUCAAAGCCAUGCUCAAAGCUCCUCCUUCUCUUCAAAUUCCCAAUGAAGAAGCCCUUCUCCAUAAAAUCACUUUGGCCACGACGCCCUCGACGUAGUUCCAGAGCCAUAUCCAAGCCUCGAAGGACUUGGUCCUGGCUCCGGUGGCUACGAAGAGUAGGGAAGAUGAAAAGAGUGAAAGAGUUGAGAUCAGGUGUCAGCGUGUGCUCGGAUAAUGAAUCUCGAGAAAAACUACUAUUUCCGUCCCCGAUGACUUCGAGGGUACGUAAGGUCGCAGGGUCGUCGUGGGAGGAGAUGGAGGAGGUGGAAGAUGCUUGUAGGAGCUUUGAGAAUUAUCUUGUGGAAAUGAUAAUUGAAGAAGGGAAAGUGAGGGAUUUGAUGGAUGUGGAAGAGCUUUUGUAUUGUUGGAGGAAUUUGAAGUGUCCUGUUUUUGUUGAUUUGGUGUGUAGAUUCUAUGGAGAGCUUUGUAAGGACUUGUUCUCUUCUCAUAACGAAGCUUUUACUCCAAACUUUCAACCCAAGUAAAAGAUAAAAUAAUGUGUAGUUUUUUUUUUUUUUUGUAAUAUCUUUGAGUUUUUAAUUUUCAUAUUUCAUUUCUUGUUUUAGUACAUUUUUUAGAUUCAUUCAACUCUUUACACUUUGUCUCCUCCAAAUUUAGAAAGAUGUGGAUGAAUAAAUAGCCAUGUUUUUUUUUUUUC